AUGAUGUCAAAAGAUGGGGAAAUACGACGAGAUGAAACCUGUGUAGAUUACGCUGGGCAAGAUGUGAUGGUGUUCCCAUGUCACGGCAUGAAAGGAAAUCAAGAGUGGCAGUAUAAUCAUGAGACGGGUAGAGUAUUCCAUGCUGUAUCACAAAAGUGUUUGGAAAUGACCAAAGAUGGCGCGAAGUUGAAAAUGGAGCCGUGCAAUGCCUCGAACAAGUUCCAACAUUGGAAAUUCAAGGAAUACAAUGCAGAAAAAGCAAAAACAUACGGUGUUGUCAUACCGUAA